CUCCACCGCGCUUCUCUCCAAAGGUGCGGACGCCCAGCGAAACGCGAGAGGCGGGGCGCCGCUGGCCGCCGCGGGGAUUGGGCGAGGGGCGGGGCUGCGGAGGGAUUGCUGCGGCCGGCAGCUGUGAUAACCUUGAGGCCCAAGAGGCGCAGUCCCGCACAGCAGACACUCGUCUCGGCCCUUCCGUCGUCCGACUUGGGUAUCGUCGCAGGAUUCGGAGUACGCCCGAGGACCUCAGGAACCAUGCCGAAGCCACACAGCGAAGCAGGGACUGCCUUCAUUCAAACCCAGCAGCUGCAUGCGGCCAUGGCUGACACCUUCUUGGAACAUAUGUGCCGCCUGGACAUUGACUCCGCACCCAUCACGGCCCGCAACACUGGCAUCAUUUGUACCAUUGGCCCUGCUUCCCGGUCUGUGGAGAUGCUGAAGGAAAUGAUCAAGUCGGGAAUGAAUGUGGCUCGUCUCAAUUUCUCUCAUGGAACUCAUGAGUACCAUGCGGAAACUAUCAAGAACGUGCGUGCAGCCACAGAAAGCUUCGCCUCUGAUCCCAUUCUUUACCGGCCUGUUGCCGUGGCUCUGGACACAAAGGGGCCUGAGAUCCGGACUGGACUCAUCAAAUGGCUGGACUAUAAGAACAUCUGUAAGGUGGUGGAAGUGGGCAGCAAGAUCUACGUAGAUGAUGGGCUCAUUUCACUGCAGGUGAAGGAAAAAGGCGCUGACUUCCUGAUAACAGAGGUGGAGAAUGGUGGUUCCUUGGGCAGCAAGAAGGGGGUGAACCUCCCCGGAGCCGCUGUGGACCUCCCGUUUGAUGAGAUUUUGGAGGCCAGUGAUGGGAUCAUGGUGGCUCGUGGCGAUUUGGGCAUUGAGAUUCCUGCCGAGAAGGUCUUCCUGGCUCAGAAGAUGAUGAUUGGACGAUGCAACCGAGCUGGGAAGCCAGUCAUCUGCGCCACACAGAUGCUGGAGAGCAUGAUCAAGAAGCCCCGCCCCACCCGUGCUGAGGGCAGUGAUGUGGCCAAUGCGGUCUUAGAUGGAGCAGACUGCAUCAUGCUGUCAGGAGAGACCGCCAAAGGGGACUACCCUCUGGAGGCCGUUCGCAUGCAGCACCUGAUUGCCCGUGAGGCAGAGGCCGCCAUCUACCACCUGCAGUUAUUCGAGGAACUCCGCCGUCUGGCGCCUAUUACCAGCGACCCCACAGAAGCUGCUGCCGUGGGUGCUGUGGAGGCCUCUUUCAAGUGCUGCAGUGGGGCCAUUAUCGUGCUCACCAAGUCUGGCAGGAGUGCUCACCAGGUGGCCAGGUACCGGCCGCGUGCGCCCAUCAUUGCUGUGACACGCAAUCCCCAGACAGCUCGCCAGGCCCAUUUGUACCGAGGCAUCUUCCCUGUGCUGUGUAAGGAUGCAGUGCAGGACGCCUGGGCUGAGGACGUAGACCUCCGUGUGAAUUUGGCCAUGAAUGUUGGCAAGGCCCGAGGCUUCUUCAAGAAGGGAGAUGUGGUCAUUGUGCUGACUGGGUGGCGCCCUGGCUCUGGCUUCACCAACACCAUGCGUGUAGUGCCUGUGCCUUGAUGGCCCUCUGGAGCCCCUCUUCUAGCCCCUGUCCCAUCCCCUCCCCCAUCCCAUCCAUUAGGCCAGCAACGCUUGUAGUGCUCACUCUGGGCCAGAGUGUGGCGCUGGUGGGCUGGGACGCCCGGGAAAAUUACUGUCGCUGAAACAUGGAAUAGAGCCCAGCUGUCUGUCUAUCAUAUGGCCCUACCCAAGCCAGGGGUGACAGAGGAAUGCAGAAUUGGAAACCCUCUGGCUUUAUCACAAAGGGGCAGCAACAUCUCUUGUGUACUUUGCUCCUGUAGAAAGUUGUCCAGAGAACUCCCAGCCCUGGCCUGGAGUCAGGAGACAGAAAGAGUAGGGGCUUAGGGCAUGGGGCCCAGGUUCCUGUGUAGAUAAUAACCUCUGGCCCCCAGGCCGGACUUGCUUCCCCAACAGCUUUGGCCUCCCCCACUGCUCCUUGUGCACUUCUCAGCUGUCACUGCAGUCACACCCUGCACUCUCCACCUCCGUUCUACUGUGCAGCAUCUCCAGGCUGUUGCUAUAGUGCCCACCUGAGUGUCAAUAAACAGCAGCUGAAGCA